AUACUGUGUUUUUUCAUUUGCCACCGAGAUGUGAGGAUCGAACCACAGUAUAUGGCGUCUCUUGCUAUAGGCAGAUUGAAGCAAAGGCAUUAAAAGUACGGCAAGCAGACAUCACCCGAGAAACAGUACAGAAAAGCGUCUGUGUUCUCAGUCAGCUGCCUUUGUAUGGGUUACUUCAGGCAAAGCUGCAACUCAUUACACAUGCAUAUUUUGAAGAAAAAGACUUCUCGCAAAUUUCAAUUCUAAAGGAACUUUAUGAUCAUAUGAAUAGUUCUUUGGGCAGUACUUUGCUAGAAGGGUCACAAGUUUAUCUUGGUCUGUCUCCUCGGGAUCUUGUUCUUCACUUUAGACACAAGGUCUUGAUCCUGUUUAAAUUGAUUCUUCUAGAGAAAAAGGUGCUGUUUUAUAUUUCUCCAGUAAAUAGAUUGGUGGGAGCUCUGAUGACUGUCCUGUCANACUUUGCAGGUAUGAUUGAACAUGGUCUUACUGACUGCUCACAGUAUAGACCAAGAAAGAGCAUAUCAGAAGAUGUUGGCUUGCAGGAAAAUACAUCACGGUUAGAUGACUCUGUUUCUGUGUCUGCUGCUGAUAUUUCAAAUACAAACUUAGGAAUGGGAAAUGGAGACAGGAGGAUGGCAGGAAACCAUUCACUGGAAGGUCAAAAAGCAAACGUGCCUUUCUGUCAGUCAGAGAAGACUUGCAAUGGAGCUCAGUCCUCCAGUGGUACUGUGCAGCACUUGAAAGUUCCUUCCCACACCUCUCCAGUGUCCUCUGAAAGUGACUGGGAGACCUUAGAUCCUAGCAUUUUGGAGGAGUCUAAUUUGAAGGAAGGAGAACGUGAAAGUACAGCGUCAGAACAGGCUGAAAAACUUCCGGGCAAAGGGAUGAGCUCAGAAAGCCUUCCAAUCACUGUGCAGCCCCAAGCCAAUACAGGACAUGCAGUGCUUGUGCCAGGACUGAUAUCUGGGUUAGAAGAGGACCAGUAUGGUAUGCCACUGGCUAUUUUUACAAAGGGAUACCUUUGUUUGCCGUACAUGGCGCUGCAGCAGCAUCAUCUCCUCUCAGAUGUAACAGUCCGCGGCUUUGUUGCGGGAGCCACCAACAUCCUGUUCCGUCAGCAGAAGUAUCUGAGUGAUGCAGUUGUGGAAAUAGAAGAUGCUCACGUACAAAUUCACGAUCCAGAACUCCGCAAGAUCCUGAACCCAACAACUGCUGACCUCAGAUUUGCAGAUUACUUGGUGAAGCAUGUAACUGAGAACAGAGACGAUGUUUUCCUUGAUGGCACCGGAUGGGAAGGAGGAGAUGAGUGGAUCAGGGCUCAGUUCAGCGCUUAUCUUCAUGCACUGCUUGCUGCUGUGCUGCAGCCAGACAAUGAAAAGACUUUAUCAGACUUUGGAACAGCAUUUGUAGCAGCCUGGAAGAAUACCCACAACUACAGAGUAUGGAAUAGCAACAAGCAUCCGGCUCUGGCAGAGGUAAAUUCCAGCCACCCGUUCCAGGGACAGUACUCUGUAUCAGAUGUUAAGUUAAGAUUGUCACACUCUGUGCAAAACAGUGAACGUGGAAAGAAGAUUGGAAAUGUGAUGGUUUCUACUAGCCGAAAUGUUGUACAAACAGGAAAAGCUGUAGGUCAGUCAGUUGGAGGAGCCUUCACAAGUGCAAAAUCAGCUAUGUCUUCAUGGUUUUCCACUUUUACACAGUCAACUCAAAGCCUUGGGGACUAAAUCAUGGUUUUGCACAAUGCUGCUGAAUAUUUCGGGUGCAAGGCUUUCUCUGAGCUGUAAAAAGACCGCCCCAAGGCAUAGGGGUGGCAGGACCAAAACAAGGUAUAUGUUGCUUACAAGCAGACAUGGAAUGUUAUCGUUCAGUUUCACUGGAAGGGUAGAAGAAUGGUGAGUGUCUCUAUACAAUGGGAUGGCAUUUGCUGUAUAUUGGUUGUAUUUAAAAUUACUACUUUUCUUCAAAACUGAGCCUUUAUAAAGACAUUUACAAACAGGGCUUGUUGCAAGCCAAAUGUGUUUAACUUUAGAUUUGUACAUUUUCUUGGAUGUUGAAAAUAUU